CCCGGCCCGCUGCUGCCCCGGGUCGCGAGACGCGCGCGCCCCCCGCCGCCGACGGGACUCUGUCACCGAGCAGCUUGGCACUCCACUUAAUGAAGAGGAAGCAUGUACUGCCUCGAUUUUGUCCAAGACCCUUUCUAUUCUCUGUAUUUGCAGUGGCCACAUGGUUCAGCUUAGGAAAUAAUACAAGUUCAACAUGACCGGUCUGCUCCAAGACAGCAAUCACCAACUAUGACCUGCUGGGUCUCGAGGUUGCUUCCUAGGAAUGUCCGUUCCUUGGGGACAUCACCAAAGAACCAGAGAGUUGUGGAUUGUCAUCAACACCAUGAGGACUAUGGGUACUUCUUACCCAUCCAGACGAGGUGGCAGGACAAUGACCAGUAUGGCCAUGUGAACAAUGCUGUGUAUUACAGCUACUUCGACACUAUUAUCAACCACUACUUAAUCAGAUACUGCGGCCUGAAAACCAGCUUGCUGACAUCUCCCAUGGUAGGGUUCAUGGUGACCAAUCAGUGUACCUUCCACAAACCCAUCGGCUUUCCUCAGGUCCCAGUGGCUGCUUUGGCUGUGGAGAAAAUGGGUCACUCCAGCGUGCAUUACCGCCUGGCUCUGUUCCCACCUAAGGCCACCAAGGAGCUGCCUUCUGUCAAUCAUUGGGACCUCAGUGAUGGCUUUUUCUUUGGCCACCCCAAGCUGGCCCAUUUUGAAUCUCUAGCCUGUGCCACUGGGUCUUCAGUCCAUGUCUUUGUAAAUCCAGCCACCAGCAAACCAAUGGGCCUUCCAGAAGACUUCAGGAAGGGCCUUCUGAGGCUAAUGAGUGCAGCUUCUGUGUGAAUCAUCCGUGAAGUU